AAAUAAAAACAUCAUCCCUAAUUUGCCCAAUCGCUUCUUCGAAACGCCAAAAGAGCAACAACAUCCAAUGGCUUCUCACACCUUCCUCUCCUUCUCAUCGCCUCCGCGCCUCCUCGUUUCCCCUCCGUCCACUCUCCGUUCCUCUUUCGGCGGCGUCUCUCUGAACCUCCACCGCCCCCAGUCUGUUUCCUUCUCGGCCUCGAAGAAAUCGCUGACAGUCGUUUCCGCCGCGAAGAAAGCUGUUGCUGUGCUCAAGGGUAACUCCGACGUCGAAGGAGUUGUUACUUUGACACAAGAAGACACAGGUCCUACAAAAGUGAGCGUUCGUAUCACCGGUCUCACACCAGGGCCUCAUGGCUUUCACCUCCAUGAGUUUGGUGAUACAACAAAUGGAUGCAUCUCAACAGGGCCACAUUUCAACCCUAACAACAUGACACACGGAGCUCCUGAAGACGAGAUCCGUCAUGCGGGUGACCUGGGAAACAUUACUGCCAACGCCGAUGGCGUGGUAGAAACAACACUUGUGGACAAUCAGAUUCCUCUGACUGGUCCUAACUCUGUUGUUGGAAGAGCCUUUGUGGUUCACGAGCUUAAGGAUGACCUCGGAAAGGGUGGGCAUGAGCUUAGCCUGACCACUGGAAACGCAGGCGGGAGAUUGGCAUGCGGUGUGGUUGGUUUGACGCCGCUCUAAGUCUGGGCUAAGUAAGUACUUUGGUGUCUACUGUGUUGGUCGUCUUGUCUGUUGAAUCAGAUGUCAAAUAAAAGUUGGCUGAAUAAGCUUUUGAUGUUUAUGUUCCUAGCAUCAAAGUCUCUUUCUGGAGUUGUGCCUUUGUAAACGUGUUUGUUACUUUUGGUUUAAAUCUGCAUUUGAUCGUUUGUUUUGCUAUUA